AUGGCUGGAUUGGACAAGAAUCUGUGCCUUCCUGUCCAAAGUCCUCCGGGUUUGGAAUUUUCUUCCAAAGAUCUAGCGUGGUCGACUGUGGAAGGUUGGCAUGGCGGGAUUGAUAGAGUUUGCUUCAUUCCAUUCGCCGGUCUGGAUGAUUUUGUUAGGGGUGAAUCUGCCAAUGAAGAUUGUCCAACUACAUUUCAUAUUGAAGCCAGGAGAAAGCAGCCUUGCAGGCCUAAAUGUGAUGGAAGUGGAAUUCUCGAAUACGCUUUGCGACCGAGAAGGAGGUAUUGUCCGUCCUGGACCGAGAGAGGCUGCCAUUGCCACUUCAUUGUCAAGCGCUUAGCUGCAGAGCCUUCCGUCGCGCUUAUUAUUUACAAACAAGAUAAGCACGUUGACAAGAAUGGAUUGCCCUGUCAUGGUCUUCAUCUAGAUCAGAAAGCUGCUGGCGCUGGAACUCUGGCGAGCAAUUUAGCAGUUAUCGGGAAUGUCAUUGUGAUGAAUACCACCAUGCCAGGAUCAAGUGGAAACAUCUGGGGACUACAAACCUUUAUCUUAAAGGGUUCAAAGUGA